AGUAGGCUGCUGGAUCACUGUGCUGAACUGUCCAGCUUUGUAUUAUAGUUCACAGCGGAGUACUCGAUGUUCUUGCAAUUUUUUUUGGUAGGCUGUGUUUAUGUGAGCAAACAUUAGAGAUGCAUGACGUGUUGGAAGAGGAGUAAGUCAGGUCCAGGCGUGUCUGCAGCGUGGGCUCAACAAUGUGCGCACUUUAAACUUCACACCUGGACUGUUGUAUUGCUUUCACAUUUAUAGCCCUCGUUUUACGGCUGGCUGUCAUGUCGCGCUGACAAGCGACUGUUGGUUUCGAUAGCAGAUUAAGAAGAGCAUGUGAAGUGAGCUGGCGCGACUCAAGACAUGGAGGCACCUGAAGCACACACGGACACCAAAAACACGGAGGGCUGUUUUCACAGGACCUUCUCAGCUCUAACCGUGGACGAUGUGUAUGAGAUAGCCAAACAGAUCGGCACCGAGGUGGAGAAACUCAUCGACGGCUGUGGCAAAGACAGCGUCGUGGGGCUGGUGCCGAAGAUAGUUAAAGUGUUGGAGCUGCUGGAGAGCUUCGCGUCGAGGAACCAUGCUCACAGACUGAGGGAAGAGGAGCUGCUCAAAACCUUCGAGACCAUACAGCUACAGCAGCAGAAGAAACGUGGAGGGAAAGACAGCGAGGAGGGCAACGAGAAACAUGAAAUACGGCAGGAGCUGCAGCAGAAGGAGCAGCAGUGGAGGAAGAGGUGUGAGGAGCUGCAGGCCCAGGUGCAGCAGCUCCAGGAGGACAGGGAGGAGCUGCAGAGCAGGCUGAGGGGCAGCCAUGCACAGGAGGAUCGAGUCCAGCGGCAGGAGCGAGAGGUGAUGCUGAAGCUUAAGGGGGUGGUGGACAAGCAGAGAGACGAGCUAAGAGCCAAAGCUCAGGAGAUAACCACCAUUUCCAAAGAGGUGGAGGCGCUCCAGGAGCAGCUAGAGCGCUUCAUGAAGAUGAAUGCGGAGCUGCGACACAAGCAGAACGUACUGCAGACCCAGCUGAAGAGCACAGUGGAGAGGAAGGCCGACAUGGAGGCCGACCUGAAGGAGAAAAGCAAAGAGAUAGAAAUCCUCCAAACACAGCUGAACAGAACCAACAGCAACGGCCCUUUCAGUUCAAGUCAAACAGCUCCUGUGUCCAAGAAAAAGUCGACAGUCGACCAGAAGGAUCCAGAUCAGCCGUGUUUCACCAAGAAGGAGGUGCGUGACAUCAUUUUCGAGAGGAACGAGCUCAAAACUAACCUCUUCCUGGUGCAGGAGGAGCUCAACUACUAUCAGAGGGAGAUCCUAAGUGAGGAGAGGUGUCCAGGUUUCCUAUUAGAAGCCGUCCGCUCCGCCAUCAGUAAAAGGAGAAAGCUCAUUAAGGCAAAGAUGCUCGGGAUUCCUGUGAACGAAUGCAGCAGCAGUGACGAGGAGGAGAGGAGCUCUCUGUUUGGACAGACAGAAGUAGACGGGACUGAAGUUGACGGAACUGACAAACCAGCUGAGUCACGCAUACGAAACCUCUUUGGCUUCCUGACACGGUCGGGCAGCGGCCGGAGCCCCACCCACAUGAGCAACUCCGCCUCCAGCUGGGAAAUCAUCGGAGACUCAGAGGCAGCUGAUGAGACGGGGCAACCGUCCCCUUGAGCCUGGUACUCACCACAGUAUCAUGGAGUUCACACUGUGAGACGCCCUUCUUCCCUCAGUCGCAACCUCUCCCUCAUGAUUUAGUGGAAAAUGUGGUUUUGGCUUUGGAAGUUGAUUACGAGGACAUUUGGGACUCAGCCCCAGUAUAUAUAACACAAAAGCACUAUGUAUCUUUUGUAUCUCUUGCCCUAAAUCCCCUUAUUAUUUUAACAGAAGUGAGGAAUAAAUACAUACAGUAUAUUAGUACUACAGUAUAAAUGGUACAGUGUACCGCAGUAUUAAGAGGGAUACUUUUUAACUCACUGCAAAAGAGAUCAUCUGAUCCUUCAUUGUGGAAAAACAGGUUAUUAAGCAGAUAUUUAUACAGAUCCUCAAAAUUUUUAAACAGAAACCAAAGACAUUACAAGGCUAUAUAUUCUAAGGUGAAACUCUUCCCUCCCUCUUCAUCUCUGUGCCACAAGAGGGCGCUGGUUCAUUUUUAACAAUCAAGCUUUUACCACAGAUGUAUGAUGUAACCUUUACCUCGCUAGGGGAAUUUUUAAGCCAUGUGUUCACUCGUGUAUUUUUAAUAAUUUAAAGCACUUUUAUUCUCAAGGACAGGAAAAGAAAGUUGCCGUCGUAUUACCGGUCUCUUCCAGCAGUGAGUGCAUUUUAACCCCUUGAGCCUUAACUCACCUGCUUAUAUUGUUAAAAAUAUAUUUUCUUAAUUUUUAGACAUUGAGUCGAAGCCUUUGGCCAGAUUAUGUUUGAUGCUUGUGCCAUAAAUGUGUAUAUGUGUGUGAGCACAUGUAUUCAAGCUGAUGUGCCAGCCUCUGGUGAUUGGUUGCUUUACGUUAAAGGAGCAGUGUGUAGGAUUUAGUGGCAUCUUGAAGGUGGGGCUGCAGAUUGCACCUCCUCCACUCACUCCUCGGUGGCCUUCAGGUAUGGCAAAAAUAUGAAAGGUCCUCUCUAGAGCCAGAGCCAGUAAUUUAUCUGUUCUAGGCUAUUGCCGAAACAUUGCAGACCUCCUGGAAGAGGACCCACUCCCUAUGUAUAUAUGAAACGCUCAUUUUAAGCUAACGAAAACACAAUAAGUUUUUGUUUCAGGUAAUCAUACACUACUGAAAACACAAGUAAUACUGUCUUCAGUUUCUGUCAAUAGAUCUCCCCUCAAUCCUACACACUGCUUUUUUAAAAAGGAAGCUAUGAGCUUUCUUACAGAGAUGAGAAAUGGCAUUUUUUAUUUUUGGUUCCCACAACUAUUGGCUGAAAAGUUGCAAUGAAGUAGAGCUUCAAUCAGGCCCAAAAAAUCAGGCCCGACCUACCUGUCCAAACCUGACCCAAGCCUGAACCACGGCAGGUUUUAAAACCUGGAUUUCCAUGGUAAAAUUUAAAAAAUAAAUACAAUAUAUAUAUAUCUAUAUAGAUAUUGAAUCAUUUAUUAUAAGAUAAAGUCAACUUAAGUCUUUUUAGUGUAGCAUGGACAUUUGUGUCAUGGGAUGCGUUUGUAAAUAGCCACUCCGAGCACCAGAGUGCACUCUGGCACAAACUGGACCAAUAAAUUUGGGUUGCUGUUGGAAUAUACCGUUCUGUCAGAACACUACACUCUUGGAGCUGCAGAGCGAAAUCUGGAGACAGAGCAGCAGAGCGCCAAGCACAGUGAAAGUGAAUCAUGUGAAAAUACAACAUUCUAACUCCGGGAGAUUGGCGAGAACCCGACCUGGUUCAAACCCAGGUGAAUGAUGAGAAAUUACGGCGGGUUCAGGUCAGGCCCAGUCUGGUUUGGGCAGAGAACCAAAGCUCUACCAUAAAGUCUGAUCCCUUUGUCCCCUCUAAAUAUCUGAAGUCAACUCUACACAGACAAUGACAGACCAGUGAUGUAUUUGUUGAGAGACAAUGUACAACCUUCCAAUCAGAUCAUGUUUUCUAAAAUACUGUUUGUAAUUUAUUUUUAUAAGCAUGUUAUUAGUUCUGACAAUACAGAUUUAAGAUGUCAGUUGCCAUCUGAGUGAAUUUUAUCGAUGAUGUGAUACAAACAAUUCAAAAUGUGGAUCUUCUGUGAAAUUGAGAUUUCAAGAUUCAAUAAAAGUCCAUUAAACACAA